CUUUGAAGAUUUUCAUACAAAAAUAUUCUCAAGAAAGAAAUAAAGAGCUCUUGCGUUUCCUGCGCCACCAUUGACGACUCUGAGCUUUUUUUUAGCAACACUAACAUUACUGCUCUUCAACUCUACUUUAUUGAAGCCACAGGCACAGAUGAAAAUGAUUGAUAUGUUGCUCCUUUAAAACUGUUUGUUCGUUGAGAAAUGUGUUCAAAAUGAAAGGACAUUUUUUUAUUCAUUGUUGUUGUGAUGAUUUUAGGGAACCGCAUAUUUUGGAUACCCUUUUGGUUGAUGUCAGUAUUGUAGUUGGUAACUGAUUAUUUGAAAUGAAAAAUCAUUUUUGGAUUUGGGUUGAAAUUUUUUAUGGUAAACACUGAAUUUGAUCGAUCACGUGAAGGACAUCAAGACAAACAGGAGCUACGAAGAUAAAAAAGAAACGCAAGCACCUUAAAUGGACAUGGACAUCAAGGUUGCUUGGCACAAGGAUAUGAUUGAACAGAUAGGAAGGGAUAUAUAUUUUGAUCUUGUAAAUCAUGACAAAGUUCUUAAUUUUCAUAUUCCAAAACAAAUGCGCUUCUACCAAUUUAAGCUGAGCCCUUACUCAGGAAAAGGUAGCCAAAGAGUUUAGCGUACCAGUGCGAUUUCAACAAUUCUGGUUGUGGACACCUACAGACCUUUAAGGCCUUUGACAUCGUUGGAAGUAAAGAAACCUCAACCCGGAGACAAAGCCAUAUGUGGUCUAUUUCUCUGUAUUGCCUCAUGAACAUUCACCUUAUCCCACAUGACUUGCCAUAAAAAAAACUUUGACUUUAGGAGGUACAAUGAUUUUCCAUCGAGAAGAAGCCCGCUGAAGUGUUUCAACUCCACCAACAUUUCUGAGUAUUAAGUACUGAUUUACAUGAAAACAUCUCUGAAGUAACUCCCUUUCAAACCCUAUGAUCUUCCAGCAAAUUACCCAAACUUCUUGUAAUGUUUUGACUCAUUGAAGCUGUGCAAUGCCUCUAGUUGUACAAUUGAGAGAACCUUCAGACAAGAACAGUAAUAGACUAGUGCUAAGGCUUUUUCUUGAAGUAGAACUUGAUUUGGAUUUGCAGCCUGUUGCUCCUCCACAAAAGACUGAAGAGGAUAUCCUUUUAUUCUUUAAACUAUAUGACCCUUGGAAACAAGAGCUGCGGUAUGUAGGAAGGCUUUUUGUAAAACUAGGCGGGAUUCCUUAUGGAAUAUUGACAAAAUUAAAUGAAAUGGCUGGUUUCAAUUCUAAUGAGGAAAUUAAACUUUUUGAGGAGAUAAAGUUUGAACCUUGGAUUAUGUGUGUUCCCAUUGACAAGCAUGCCACAUUCCUUCAUAGUGAGCUUCAAGAUGGGGAUAUCAUCUGCUUUCAGAAAUCACAUGGAAUUGAACAAUGCCACUGUCCAGAUGUUCCAUCAUUCUUUGAGUAUCUGAUCAAACACAAGGGAGACUCUGUUAAAGCUCAGCCUAGUUCGCAUUCUAUCAAUACAGAUGCUCAUUUAACUAAGCUCCCUCCAUCACAUAGUAACAUCGCUCGAGAGCAAUCAACUCAAGUAGACAUUUGUACUCAGGCAGUCACUCGUGUUACUUUAUUGACUAAAUCCUCACCACAGAAUGAACAUGAUGCGGUUGAAGUUAAAAUGACACCCAUCCCAUCUGCCUCCCGUAUAGUUCAUCCACAACACGUCCAACCUCAUCAGGAGCCAAAUGUGGUUGAAGCAGCAAGGAGCUCUUCUUCUCUUGCUUCAUUUGAUGCCUUGUUUGCUGACAUUCAAAGCCUUUUGGAAGUAAAGGCUGUUGAGGCUGGUAGUUCGAGCCGCCUCCAGCGUUCUAUGCUUAGCAUUGAUGAGAUUACAAAUGCACAUAAAAUCGUUAAACAAUGCCUUGAUACGACGCUUGGCAGCUUCAUCCAGUCAGGAAGAACUCGUGAAUUUAAAAAUUCAGUUUCUAUUAUGCUUGCUGUCAAUUCAUUUCCUGAUAGCAAAGUAGAUGAGAUAACAAAGUUUGUGGAUGACUUCAACCAAACUUGUGAACGAUAUGAGGGUGCAGAGCAGGACAUAAGAGAGGCUGAAGAGAAAGUGAGCUCAAUAAUUGAGUUGAAAACCUCACUAAAGCAGUUGUCUUCUAAGUUCCUACAUACUAGGAAUCGAGCUGAGGAAGUCGAACGAGAAAUAACAAAUAUGGAGAGACAGCUGGCUGAAAGGAAGGCGGAGAAGACACAUCUUCAGAGCAAUCUUGAAGAUUUGGCUGAGAAAGCAACUGCAUCAAGACAAGCUUUGAUCACUGCUGGACUGGACGUGACACCAUUAUGGCUCAAAAAAGAGGAGGCGGAGAAGACAGUUGAUGACGUUGAAAAGUCUUGGGAGUCAUUGAAGGAUCAUUGCUUGCUUCUUCAGUGAGUACCCACAUGACAUGAGAAUUGUUAUAUAUCCUCUCUACUUGCUUUCCAUUGUUUUGGCAAAUGUUUUGGUUGAAUAUGACUCUAUUAGAGCUGAUAACUAAUUUUGCCUACGAAUUUUGACAUCA